AUGAAGUUACUGCAACACAUUGUAAGAAAACAAAGAUAUUUUCAGCUGCCAAAGACUGAACUGACACAAAAUCUUUGGAGUGCAACAUUGCAACAAGUUCAAAGAAAACCUGAUACAACAUGGCCUAGCUACUUCUACACUUUUACAAUCCCUCAUAUGCCUACUUUUGCCUGCCCGUACAUGUUGCAUCCUACUUCUGUUUCUGUUCAGCUGCUAGCUUUAUUUUUCAUUUCAUUUCUCUAUUGCUUUAUAUUUUUAGGGGGGGGGGCGGGCGGAAUCUCAAAAGUGGUUUACAACCUACAUUAA